CAUAGUAUACAGCAGCGAGUGCUCUUGCAGAUCUUUUCAACAACCUGAUACUUGCAUCAGUGACUGGGAUGACGUUCCUCCAAUAAGUAACUCAUUAGGGUCACCCAGCAUGGGAGGGACAAGCAUGCUGAUUUGUGGGUAAAAUCAUCCCCCGCCUUCGACAUGCAGCUUCCCCUCCCAGAGCAUAUGGCAUGAGUGAUGAGCCUUUCUUCUAGCUUGUUCUGAGCUUUUUUUACCGUUUGACGAUUGAACCAAACUCCUCGACAAUGGACUCUCAACAAUUCGGCGACUCCAUCAAAGGAGCCCUGCCUUCUGACUUUGUUUGGGGGUUUGCCACGGCGGCAGCCCAAGUUGAAGGUGCAUGGAACAAGGAUGGCAAAGGCCUUUCGAUAUGGGACACGUUUGCUCAUACACCAGGCAAGGUGAAGGAUGGCAGUACUGGUGACGAUGCUGUGAAGUCUUAUGAUCUUUACAAGACGGAUGUUGAAUGGCUUCGCAAGUAUAAAGUCACAGGUUACCGGUUCUCACUUUCAUGGUCACGAAUCAUCCCCAUGGGCGGAAAGGAUGACCCUGUCAACGAGGAGGGUAUAUCAUACUACAACCGUUUGAUCGACGAGCUUCUUGCCAACAACAUCACGCCUUUCGUCACUCUCUUCCACUGGGACAUCCCUCAGGCGUUGGAAGAUCGUUAUGGGGGCAUGCUGAACAAAGAUGCAUACACUCCCGACUUUGUUCGUUAUGCCCGGGUAUGUUUUGAGCGCUUCGGCGAUCGCGUCAAGAACUGGAUCACAUAUAAUGAACCUGGCGUCUAUUCCCUUGCCGGUUAUGCCGCCGGAGUACACGCACCCGGUCGAUCCAGUUUCCGUGACCGCAAUGAAGAAGGGGACAGCAGCACAGAACCCUUCAUCGUCGGUCACACGGAGCUCGUGUCCCAUGCAUACGUCGCUGAUAUGUAUAAACGCGAGUUCAAACCUAUGCAAAAUGGCAAAAUCAUGAUUACUCUUCAUGGCAAUUGGUCUGAGCCUUGGGAUGCCGAUGAUCCACAAGACCAGGAAGCAGCGGAACGAGCAAGAGAGUUCGAAAUUGCCUGGUUUGGCGACCCUUUGUACAAGACAGGAGAUUACCCGGAGUCCAUGCGUGCACAGCUGGGUGAACGUCUUCCCAGAUUUACACCAGAAGAAAGCAAGCUUGUACUGGGAAGUUCAGAGUUUUAUGGCAUGAACUCUUACUCAGCUUUCUACGUCCGUCACCGUGACGGGCCUCCUGAUAUAAAUGACCAUUUGGGUAACGUUGAGAAGCUUGAUGAGAACAGAAAAGGUGAAUGGCGAGGUCCCAUGAGCGACACAUACUGGCUACGAACGACUCCCUGGGGCUGGGCCAAGUUGCUUCGCUGGAUCUGGAAUCGCUAUGGUGUACCAAUCUAUAUUACUGAGAAUGGUACCACGGCACAGGGUGAACAUGACUGGAAGCCGGAGGGUCCUGAUGAUGUGUUGGAAGAUCCUUUCAGAGUUGACUUUUACAAGAGUUACCUUACAGAAGUCGCCAAGGCAUCGCAGGAAGGCGUUGUGAUCAAGUCGUACUUUGGAUGGACAUUCACAGAUAAUUGGGAAUGGGCUGCAGGUUUCUCGGAUCGGUUCGGGGCGACGUGGAUCGAUUUUGAAUCUGACGAUAAGACGAGGUAUGCCAAAAGGUCUGGGUACUUCUUGGGGGAAUUUUUCAAUCAUCUCAUCAGCAAGGAUUAGCACUAUAACACCUCUGGAGCCCGAAUACAUAUCCAGGUGUCGCCUUUAAAGAAUGACAAAACUUAUAUAAUUCAAAAUCACUAGAUAUAUCUAGAGUUAUCACGUGGAAUUCCAUCA